AUGGUACGUCAACAAAAAUCCGAAUUAUCCCUAUUGGAAAACAUCAACCAGGAUCUCUUCGCCAACCUCCUCCCAGAUCACGUCCUUCCUCACUAUGAUAAUGUUCCGGAAGAUAAGAUUAUUGACUUUUACAGUCAGAGCUACUCAAACGUCGCCGUAGCCAGUAUAUCGGUGUCCGACAUACCGACAACAGCAUAUACCGACUUGCCGGGUCAGAGCAAGUUAGGUGAAAGUAUCAAGUUAUUGAAUGAAGUCAUAACAGCUUUUGAUAGGGUACUACAAGAACCGAAAUUCAUGUCUAUGGACAAGUUGAAGUCCUGCGGCCCUCACUACAUCGUCGUUGCUGGGUUGAAACCAAACAACAAAAUUGAGGAAAACAAAGACAACAGAAAGCAACACCUAACCCUGCUGGUUGAGAUGCUGAUGAAAAUGAAGGAAACACUCAUGCAAACUGCAAGAAACAAAUUAAUUUUCAGAGCCGGGAUAGACAUGGGGUCUGUCUUAACGGGGGUGGUUGGGGGUAAAAGACCACAAUUUGAAAUUUUUGGUGAGUGUGUCAAUGCAGCCUGCAAGUUAGACUCGACAAGUUUGCCGGGGUUUAUACAGAUGUCGGAAGCCGUGAGACAGCCGCUGUCAGACCACUACGACUUCCAAUGCAGAGGUUCCAUCAAAUUGAACAGCACCAAGGAAAAAGUGGCCUUCUUAUUACUCAAUAAAAACCGAGUCGGUCCGAGCGAUGCUACGAUUAUCGACGACAUCGACGAAUACGGAUUCGACCGAUAUAUCGACGAAAAUGCUCAUUUCCAUAAAUUUUUAAGUAAUAAUAAUGAUUAUAACGCUAACAAUAUCAGCGGCAUGAAUAUAAUUAAUAAUAUGAACAAUAGAAACAACAACAAAAAUAAUAUCAGUAGAAGUUUCUCGCAUUCAAAUAACUAUUACAACAACAUCAACAACAUGAACGAUGUUGACGUUAUUAAUUUUAACAACAACACGUUAGAUAACACGAACAACAAUAAAAACAACAGCUUCGUCAAACUGCCAGUCAAUUUUCAACAAUUAAACCGCCACCAACAACAACAUCAACAACACAAUCAACAACUUAAGCAAGAGUCUAGCAAACAAGAUAGCUCACAACAGUUGAUAACUCAACAACAACAACAACAACAGCCACAACACCAACAACAACAAUUCAGAGCACAACCACAACAACUAUUGAGUCAACACCAACAACAAUUCAAAUCCCAAACACACCUCCAGCAGCAGCCACAGCAACCACAGCAGCAGCAACCACCAAUACGACAUUCACACAUCAUAAGCAAUAUCAAAAUCAUCAACGAAUUCUCCAAACCAACAGUAAACUUCAAAGCCAUCAACCGGAUUGCAGAGAGCGAUUUUUCAACGGAAUGUGAGGAGAGUUUUCCAGCAUCUCCUUGGGGUCAAAACAACAAAAACAGCAGCAGAAAUAAUGAUGAUUUUGACGUCAUUGAUGACGUCAUUAUUAAAGGAUGCAACAGAAACAAUGACUCCGUUGUAAAUAGGAUGAAUGUUUAUGAUCCAAAUAGCUCCUACGAAUCAAACAUCAACAAUAACUUUGGUGACAACGAUGUUACUAACAGUUUAAAUAAUACAAACAACAACAGCAACAAUAGCAACAGCAACAAAAAGCUAGAUGAUAUCACAAGGCAAAUCAGUGUCAUACAGCAAAAUGAACGCAAUCAACAACAACAUCAAAACAAGCAGCAACAACAACAUCAACAGUUGCAACAACAAAUUCAACAACAAGUUUUUGUAAAAGCGACAAUAAUCAGGCAGAACUCGUCGGUGUCAUCAACAUCCGAUUUAACAAACCUAUCGAACGGUCAGCGAUUAUCUUUAGACUCGUCCGCAUCUUCGAAUGUAUUCCAACUCAACCCUUCUUUCAAUGAGUUACAAUCUGCAUUCAGGCAUUCUUCGGCUUUUGCUUCAACUACUAAAGAAGAUUAUGACAAGAGCAGUGAGGCAAAAAAUGUUGAAAGUCUCGCCAUCAACCACCCGUACCGAUCUGACUACAAACAGCUCAUCGCUUUCAUGUCCUCAAAUGAAAAAUCUUCUAAAUCAAAUUUUGCUUACGGUUCAAAAAUUUUAGCUAAAAAUGAUGGUGACGAUAAAUUGUUGAAUUCAAAUGACAUUGACAAGAAAACCAAUUACAUUAAAAACAACUUAAGCGAUCAAAACAACAAUAAAAAACAACCGUUAACAGAUGAAUAUUAUUUGCACCCAUCCAAUAAAUCUCACUUGAAUGUGAAAGAAUCCCAAAAUAUGGAGGCAACUCAACUGCAGUCAAACAAGAAACACGCACAUGUUAAUCACAAAGUAAGUAAUAGCGAUGAUCAGAAUCCCAUUUCGAAAACCGUGAGCAACAAACCACCGAUUAAAAAAAUUAAAACUCCGAGUCAAGUUAGCAACAGGAAUGAAAGUGGCGGCAACAUCAUCAGCAGCAACAAUCCCAUUACUACCAACACCUGCACGAACAACAACAACGACAACAACUCGCUAAAUUCCGGCUUAUCCGAUAUUGAUGGGACUUCGAACCUGGAGACUUCGACGGAGGAAGAUUCUUUGUUUGAAUUUGAGGGGGGCAUCUUAUAUUCGAAACAACUUGCGGACCGACCGACACUACCGAUAUCAGCGAAUUCUACGUCACACAACCAGUCGAGCAAAAUGUUGCAUACGUCGGUUCGAUCGGUAUUCGCGAAUGCUCCGUCGGUCAAGUCAUCCGCAAAAACAAACAACAGCACAAAAUUAAGUUUUGGGGCAGCUAAAAAUCAGACCCAUGAAAGAAAAGUGAGAGUCAACCGAAACACUCACCCAGACGCUAGUAACAAAAUGGCUGGGGAGUUGUUUAGUAGGAAAGAAGUCAUGAAUAACAACAAUAACCAAACGAAAACAAACCAAACAACAUCAGCUUUCAUUCCUGUUAGAACAACAAAUUCUUUCAGCAACAAAAGCAAAAACAACGACAAAAACAUCAGCAAUAACGACAUCCUCAACAACAGCCACAUUGACGUCGACAGCCUACCCGCUUCCACAGGCUCCGCCAGCAACGACAACACAAACAACACCAAUUACAAAGCAUUCACAAAGCCGCAUGUUAUGUCUCACAACACAAACAACCCUUCCCUCGCUAAAUCAUUACUCGUCUCUACCGUACAAUCAAAGAUGCAAACACGGACGCCACAACAAUCGCUCAAAUCUACGCUGCCGACGUCACAUACGCAACCGAUUCUGGGCCACACGCCCAACACUUCCAAGUUAUUCAAUAAAUUGAUACUACCGACUUCUCAUGGCCAGCGACUGCACAACAAAAACUUGCACCAUCAUUACAGUCGCGGAUUGAAUCACAUGGAUUCUGUCGGCUCACUGGCUCGGAGCAAGAGUCUCGACCGAGUAGCCCAUCUCUUUCACGAAGGAGGCAACGAUUCAUGUUCUUCUCUAAAAAAUUCAAGCCCCAAAAUGUUGCACAGAGCUUCAAAUCGACGCAACAUUGCCUUGUUAGGGGAAGCCGGUUCAUCAAGUGGCGAAUAUCAAAACCGAUUCUUGGGAAGUUCCGGUAGCAACAACUCGGGACUACUGAACGUCGGUAAAGCAUUGAACAAACGAAUACGACAAAAACACAAACCUCUCCUGCUCUUCUCAACAUCCAUUGUUUCUGAUAACUUAAGUUUAUCGAGUUUCAACAGCGAGAUGUCCCGAUCCGAUCCUGCCUUGAGUUUCGAAUCGAGUUCGGCUAUCGAAUCCGAAUACGAUAACUACCGACCCGGGAUGGCGAGCGAUGAGGAUUAUUUUGUCGUCGAACCCGUAAGCGAUGUUGACAUCGAUCUGUUUGAUGAGAUCAACAUAAACGAACUGGAGAUCAAUGAAGAUGACGAGGACUGCGAGAAUUACAGCUAUGAGUCUUUGAUGAAUCUGCAACAGCAGCAACUUCAACUACAAACACAACAACAGCAACAACAAAACCAAACCGCUGAUAUUUAA